AGUAAAAACCUUGAAUUUAUCGUACCAAUUAUUGAAUUAUAUUCUGUGCCUCUCAGCCUCUGUGAAUUGUGAUAGGUAUAAAUAACGAUUUAAGAUAUUUAAGAAUUUUCGAAAGCAUAGGCCACAGACUUCUAUACUACACGUACUCUAUAUAAAUCUGUGAUGUUUGAAAGUGGUAAAUUCAAAUUUUUUACAAUAACGUGGGUCGUAAAAUAUGAGUGAAGAGUGAAGACAUAAUUGUAAUACAUUAUUAUUUAAUAUUUACUAUUGGACAUUCGUACAUUCUUACUUAAUUGUAUUUUAUACUCUAAAACCAAUAAAACUACCUCAACUAUAAAUAUCACGACUUGUAAGGAAUUAAUAUUGUUUCCUUUCGUUUUAUAAUAUUUGGUAUGUACCUAGUACACUUGUAUAUGCACCUACCUAAUCAUUUAGUUAUACAGACAUCUAAAUAUCUACUGUAAAUGGUUUUAAGUAUUGCUACAAUUAAUCACGAGUGUAAGUUGGGUAAUUUCUAAAUUAUUGUAUUUGUUAUUCCUUUUGAUUUCAUGAAAUGUCAGUUUGCUGUCAUUUUCGUUACAUCUCGACUAAGAUAUUGGACUGAUGAAGGCUAUCCUCACUAACUUUAGCAGAUAGAAUCCAAUGUGUAGAUGCCACAGUCUUUAUCUUGAUACCUUAACAAAUAUUUGUGUUUACUUUCAACUCAUUGUUGAGUAUUUAACUUAGACAAUUGAUGGUUGCUAUCUAAUUUUAUAUCUGUAUCUUGUAAAUUCUUCCUUAAUGACAUUCUAGAUUCAAACAUACUCAAUUUACUCUUGAUUUCUCAACUAAAUUUAAACACUUCGUCAUCAGCUGAACUAUAAAAAGUAUAAUUUUUACUUUUGUAAUCAGACUAGAUCACAACUUUUGUAUCCAUCUUUGAUCUCUUCAACUACCUCGAGAUCUAACUCAAGACAAUCCAAAUCUGACAGAUAUUCGUUGCCGUUUAUUGCACAAUCAUUUUUGGCAUCUUUCUUUGUGCAAACCUCUUCAAAUUAAAAAAUUGCGGUGAAGUAUUAAAUGGUUCCUGAACAACAUGAUAGAGCGCAUACCAAAUUAGCAUUGAUCGGUCAUGUAUGCAAAUAAACUCACCCGGUAUGCUAAACAAAGACAGCUGAUUCACCAUACAAUCAAAAUUAAAUAAAUCUUUAGUCCUGUCUCCUGUGGUUAUUAACAUAACCCGUCAUUUUCAACCUUUGCUCUUUGUGCGCUACUUUAUCAAUGAAACGGUCUAUAAUUUAAAAUAUUUCAAAAGACAACAUCUGGCUGGGUGCUCAAAACAAUUGAUAAUAAAUUAUUCCCGAAAAUGGACGACACAAAAGUGAUUGCCUCACUUGAUACUUUCUACUCUGCGUGCAUGGAUUUGCGAAAACACAACUACGACAAAUGCAUUGAGAGCUGCACAAUCAUAUUAUCGAAAAACCCUUAUGACCAGGCGGCAUGGGCUCUAAAAAUGCGUGCAUUAACCGAACAACUGUCUAUUGAUGAUAUUGAAGCAGAAGAAGAAGGCAUCGCUGAUUCUUACUUUAACUCUGAUGCAAUAGCUGAAAAUGCUAGAGUAGGUACAUCAUUAAGAACAGCACAAGACACUAGUAACCAAAGGCCUCGUACAGUUGGCGGAAGGCCCUUAAGUGGUAUAGUUCGUCCAUCAACUUCAUCUGCUGGAGGCAAUAAUUUACAAGUGGCUUUGAAAACACCACGUACCGUCGGUUCCUCAAGACCGUUAACGUCUCAAUCAGCUAGAAAUAUACGCCUCGGUACUGCUUCAAUGGUCUCCCAAAUUGAUGGUCCUUUUAUUAAUAUAUCCCGUUUAAAUUUUCCUAAAUAUGCAUCUGAUAAACAACUUUCAAAGUUGUUGUUUAACUACAUAUAUUAUCAACAAAACGAUAUUAGAAAUGCAUUAGACUUUGCUGUGGAAGCAACUAAAUGUUGCAACUUUGAGGACCCUUGGUGGAAAGUGCAGCUGGGAAAAUGUUAUGUAAUGUUAGGAUUACUACGAGACGGGGAAGCUCAGUUUAGAUCUGCUUUACAACAUGGACCUAAUAUUGAAGUGUUCUUGCGACUUUCACGAUUAUUCAUUCGCCUCGACCAGCCUUUAAGUUCAUUAGACAUAUGUCAGAAAGCCAUGUCUUGGUUUCCACAUGAAAUUACAUUACUCAUCGAAAUGGCUAGAAUAUUUGAGGGUCUAAACAAUAUACCAAUGUCAGUUAAAUACUAUAGAGAUAUACUUGAAUUGGAUGCAACAGAUAUGGAAUCAAUUGCGUGUAUUGGAUUACAUCAUUUUUAUUCUGAUCAGCCUGAAGUAGCCUUAAGAUAUUAUAGGAGACUGCUACAAAUGGGUUUAUACAAUGCUGAGCUUUUUAAUAAUCUAGGACUGUGCUCUUUCUAUGCCCAACAAUUUGAUGUAGUUACGGCAUGUUUUGAAAACGCAUUAAGAUUGGCAUUGGAUGAUAAUGCAGCGGACGUCUGGUACAAUAUCAGUCAUGUGGCAAUUGGUUUUGGAGAUUUGGAUAUAGCCGAGCACAGUUUGCAUUUAACAUUGUCUUUGAAUAGUUCUCAUGGUGCAGCUUUAAAUAACUUGGCUGUAUUGCUAUGGCGCAAAAACAAUGUGUCUCGGGCAGAAUCCUUAUUGAACUCUGCAAUAGCAGCUGAAGAUCACCUUUAUGAACCACAUUAUAACAGAGCUUUACUAGCUCAAGAGGAAGGUGAUCACCAAACAAGUUAUGGUAUGGUAAAGAAGUCGCUCUCAAUAUAUCCUAAUCAUUACAAUUCUAGAGAUAUUUUAAACGAAUUAAAAAAAUACUUUUCUAGUCUUUAAAAAUGAUUAGUUUAGUCUAUAA